CAUAGAAUGAAGGAGGAGUUUGCCAAGUUCUUAUUAUCCAAAGGAUACUACCUGACUGCCUUGGAGUUCUAUCAGGAGAUGCUUGAGGAUGAUGGUACAGAGAUACAAGAGUUGGUCGAUCACUUCAAAUCUGUAAUGUCAAUGCCCUCUACACAGGACCCAAUAAGAGUUAUUAAAGAGAGAAAGAAACAACAACAAACAUCAUCACCUCCUCAACCAGAGAGUGAAGCGAUUAGGAGUAGGGAUGACAGGAUAUCAUUGUUGGAGUAUGAGUUGAGACAGUCAAGGGAUGAUAUAAAGGAGUUAAAGGAUCAGAUCAAGAGGAGUAAGCAGACUCCUGUCAUAUCGGCCAGUGACGUCAAGGUGAUAAGUGCUCCAUCAUCGUCACCAAAGGAGAUGGGUGGUGCUGUUCAGUCGGUCGAUCAAGUCUCCAAGGACAAGAUCAAACCACACGAGAGGAAGAUACUAAACUAUCUGUUUAGGAGGUACCUCACGACAAACAGCUAUCCAUUGACAUCGGUUACAUUCUCUGAAGAGAGUCAGGACAAUGCUAGGAACUGGUCAGACCUACAGAUGAAUCAGGCAGAGCCUCCAUCUCUUUUGACCAUCUAUAGAUACUUCUUUGAGAAUGGUGACUCUGGAGUACAGGGCGUACUCACAAAGACAAUGGGUGAGAUCACAAAGCUCAAGAAGGAGAUUAGCGACAGUGAGGUACAUUGGAGACAGUUGCAAAAGGAACGUGAUGAUCUGGCACAAAAGAACAAGGACUAUGAGAAUAUCAUUGAUCAUCUCAAGAAGAAUCAACUUUCAUCCUCCACUCUUGCCUCUACAAGCUUGUCAACUACCACCUCGACAACAACUUCUACAACAACCCCAGCCACAAUCACUCAGGCACAGAAACAACAACAACAACAAAAGACAACAACAUCAACAGAUGAUAAUCUAUCUACGAUGCGAAUCACCUAUCGAGCCCUGGUGGAGAAGCGUAGACAGACAGUGGCCUUCCAGAUUGUCUCUAAUGAUGAUGAGUCAGAGGCUAGCAUGCGAAUUGCAGAGGAGGUGGAGAAGUUGCGUUCACACGGCUCUGAUCAACUCAACAAGAUGGUGUCAGUCAUUGCCAGUUCCCUGCCACACAUCCUGCCAGGUGUUUUGCUCAACAAGCGUGAGGAACUGAUACCACUGAUCCUCAUUGUCAUCUCUAACCAUCCAGAGGAGACCACUCGUUUCUCCCUCACCAAGCUCCUGUUCAAUCUAAUCAAGAAGCCCAACGAGUUCCAGCGUCACGCCAUCAUGAAGGGCUGCAUGGCAUUGGCCUCCAUCAUUGGACCACAGCGCACAGAGACCGAGAUUCUCAGUCAGUGUUGGGAGCAGCUGAGUGAGAAGCACCCAGAGCGUAGAGUGCUCGUGGCUGACUCUUGUGGUUGUCUGGCACAGUUUGCCAGCACAGACCUGCGACUGUCGUUGAUUCUUUCAAUCCUUCAACAGCUGGGUCAGGACAAGAGUCCCUUGGUGCGUGUUGCCGUCACCAAGAACUUCUCGUUGCUCAUCAACUUUUUCGACUCCACCGACAAGUACAACCAAGUGGAGGAGUCCUUCAAGGCAUUGCUCUAUGACGCUGAGCCCGAAGUGUCCACUGCCACCAGGACUCAUUUCCUACCAUCACUUGCCAACUGGACCGAUCUCCUCGAGGCAUUGAAUCCAAAGCUUACAACAAUGUUACUGUCAGAGAUGUACACUACUCUACAUAAAUAUGCCAAUCAAAAGGAAGAGUUUAAGAUUCCAGAGCAAGAUGUUAUCAAGAUUCAGCAUUUAGUGGCUUGCUUCAUUGAUAUUAUUCCAAGGAUACACCAAUCAAUGAUAUCAUCAUCACCUCUUAUAACUGAAAAGGAUGCCAAGAUCAUAGAGGCAGAGUAUGACAGACAAGAAGCACUCUAUCAAUAUCAAUUGAAUGAGACCAGACUAAAGCAGAUACAUUCCACUGGUAGUGAUGUCAACAACAACAACAAAAACUCAACCACUGCUGCUACCAAUGCUGUGGAUCCUGCUGCAGCAUCAUCAUCAUCUUCAUCCUCAACAACAUUGUCAUCAAUCACAAACUCAAUUCGAAUGUCUAUACUUGGCAAACAAGAGGUUGCCAAACUACAUGCUCAGUUUGAUCAAUAUCUACUGUCAUUGGUCUCCAACGAUAUGUCAUCGUCCAAGUGGCCAGCAUUAGAGUGGCUAUGCACAGAGUUUAUCACCAAGUUGCUCAGCAUCAUCUAUUGCAUACCACUGAGGAACUCCCGACUGGUCACAUCAUUCUCCAAGGCACUCAACACUCUAUGCACAGAGUUUGGACAUGUGUUUACAAAGAGGAUCAUCAACAAUGCAUUCCACAAGGAGCUCCAAAAGGAUAACAGAGCCAGUAUGUACAUCCAUACUUUGCUAUUAUGGACUGCGCUAACAUUCACUUUACAAACAGCACAACCAAAGAAGUAUAGACUUUUACCAUUCUUUACAGCAGGUGUACUGACAUCGUUAGAGUCAGCAGAGUUGAACACCUUUUUGAGCGAUAUCAUUGUUCAAAUCUCAAUCGAGGAGAGAGGAUGGGAUCAUAGUCACAUUCCAUCGCUGGUCAAGUGUAUAGAGUUACUGUGUGGCAAUGACAUUGACAAGAAGAAGGAGAUUGGUGAUGUACUAUCAAACUUGACAUCAAACCCAUCCAAUCAAGUUAGAUCAUGUAUUCUUAACCUUUAUAAGGUCAUUAUGCCAGUGUUCAAUGCACAACAGAUUGCCAACUCGAUUGUACCAUCAAUGAUCACAAUGAGUACUGAUCCAGAUCGUCCAGUACGUAUUGUUUGCAUUGGUGCACUAUCGAUUGCAUUGGCCCAGAUCAACGAUGAUUCAAUCCUGGAAAAGAUUGCCAUUGCAUUCGAAAGGAUAUUGGAUGACAAGAAUCAUAUGAUCGAAGUGGAGUUUGUCCAAUCCAUUUCAAAGGUGAUCCCAACUGCAAAGCCAAGAUAUAGAGACUCUUUUAUUCUCCCAAAGAUUGUAGAGUUUGUAAGAAGAAACAGCAAUAAUCCUUCGAAUGAGAACAGGAAGGAGAUGUCACAGUGUCUGUUUGAUGCUCUGAGAGCAUUCAUGUCAGUGUCCAAUCUGGCAAAGGACUUGAUCCAGGAGCAGAUUCUACCAGCACUCAAAUCGUUGCAGAAUGAUUCUCCGCUGCACGACCCCUCAUUCAAAUCCAUGGUGGUAUCGAUGAUUAACGAUGUGGAGACAUUGAUCAAGGAUGACAUUAGAAAUCAAACCAAGAGGAACACUGCAAAGCCUGCUGCCACCACCACAACUUCCACCAAUCCACUGGACAAGAUGUCAAAUCUUACAAACUGGGCAUGGAAGAAGGAUCCAUCAACU